AAGCGUAAUUUAAUUGGAAUAAAUGUUUUUAUUUGUAAUACCAAUGCAAAAGAUUCGAAGCCCCAAAAGUGCUAUUAAUUUUAUGCUUCAACUGGAUGUAAAUGGACCGUUAAAGCUGCGCUCUUCUUGUCGAUGCCUGCGUUUAUCCAAAACCAAAAACCAGCCGCAGAGCAACGAACCAGCGACCGCCGAAACAUUUCAAAGACAAUCCACCAACAGCGGCAACACCGUCAACAGUCGGCCACACCACCAUCCAUUCACCAUUACCAUCGCCAUCGCCAACAGGACGAGGACAAUGGAUCAACUCAAACUCAGACCUUGUAACUGCCUGACCGCACAUCCACCGACAGUGGCCGGAAUGGGGUUUGUGGAUCCUUUCUUCCAGUGCACCCUUCGUCUUGCCAGUUUUCAAAAAGGGUUGUCCGAAAAGGGUUGCCCCCGCACCCCGAUACCUAUUGAAGGCUCGUGGAGCAAACGGUUUCGGCAUUUCCUUUUUGUUUCCGCCGGCAUCCUUUGGCCAAGACACGGACACCUUCCCCCCAUCCCUGCGUUUCCACAAUGGAAAAUACAAUUUUCGCAAUCUUUGCUUAUCUUUUCUCUCUGCGGCUGCCUCGUUUGCUGCACGAUUCGUUGUUGCUGCUGUUGGCCAUCCAGAAAAUCGGUAAAAAGCUAA